GCAGCCAGUGUUUUCCCCAGCAGCCCCGGGCCCAGUGUUCACGUGAGUCAUAAGACACAGCCGAGCACUGCCUCUCCACUACUGCUCGGGACCGGGGAGGCCGCACUCUGCGCUCUGCUACAUCUGCUGUGUGUCCGGCUGUGUGGAAUGUAAAGAAAAUGGACGGUCUCAAAAUUUUAACACUUUUGAUAGUUGCUAUUGUGGAACUAGGAUAUGCAAGUUCUUUAAGACACCUGUUUAAAGGGAUAAAGGUUCCUCCAACAACUAAAGGGGAUCCUGGAAAACCUCUAUUUCUCACACCUUACCUUGAAAGUGGAAAGAUCGAUGAAGCACGUGAACUAAGCCUCGUAGGAAAACUGCCAGGAUCAAAUGUCAAGAGUUAUUCGGGAUACCUCACUGUGAACAAAACCUACGACUCCAAUCUCUUCUUCUGGUUCUUCCCUGCACAGCUGAAUCCAGAGACUGCCCCAGUUUUACUGUGGCUGCAGGGAGGACCAGGAGGUACAUCCAUGUUCGGCCUCUUUGUGGAGCACGGACCUUACAUCGUGAAAAAGAACCUGACGUUGGUUCAUCGGGAGUUUUCUUGGACAAACAAAUACUCCAUGUUGUAUAUUGAUAAUCCUGUUGGAACAGGUUUCAGCUUCACAAGAGAUGACCGGGGGUAUGCGGUUGAUCAGGAUGAUGUUGGCAGAGAUUUGUACAGUGCGCUCACCCAGUUUUUCCAGAUCUUUCCAGAGUAUCAGAAAAAUGAGUUUUAUGCCACAGGAGAAUCCUACGCUGGGAAGUAUGUUCCUGCUAUCGGCUAUUAUAUCCACACUCACAACCCAACCGCUAAGGUUAAAAUCAACUUCAAGGGGAUUGCCAUUGGAGACGGACUCUGUGAUCCUGAAGUGAUGUUGGGUGGCUAUGCGGACUUCAUGUAUCAAACUGGCAUGGUGGAUGAAAACCAGAAGGAAUUUGUUCAGCAACAGUGCGACCUGGCGAUAAAAUACAUCCAGCAGCAGAAGUGGAUCGAUGCAUUUGACGUGUUUGAUUCCUUACUGAACGGUGACAGGACUUCAUAUCCUUCUUUCUAUCAAAAUGUUACAGGUUGCAGCAAUUACUUCAACUUUCUUCAAUGCCAGGAGCCAACUGACCAACAGUACUUUGGACCUUUUUUGGCACUUGCAGACGUGAGGAAGUCUAUCCAUGUUGGUAACCUGACCUUUCAUGAUGGAUCUGAGGUUGAGAAACAUUUGCUUUCCGAUGUGAUGAAGACCAUAAAGCCAUGGUUGGUGGUGCUAAUGGAUAAUUACAGGGUCCUCAUGUACAGCGGGCAACUUGACGUUAUAGUGGCUGCCCCUCUUACUGAACGAUUCCUGCAAACCGUACCUUGGUCAAGACUUGAAGAAUAUAAGAAGGCUGCACGAUCCGUAUGGAAGAUCAGGUCAACAGAUACUGAAGUGGCAGGUUAUGUGCGUGUGGCUGGAGAGUUUGCUCAGGUCAUAGUUAGAGGAGGCGGCCACAUCCUUCCAUAUGACCAACCUGAAAGGUCAUUUGUGUUGAUUGACAGAUUUAUAAGUAACUGUAAGGCCUUGAAUUGUGAGGAUGUUUUGUAAUUGGAUAAGUCGUAUUGAAUUGUGAAGGGUAAAUAGUAAUAAAAUACUUU